AUGGAUAUGCCUUUCCCAUUGAGAAAGAUAAGAAAAUAUUUUGUUUAUGAAAGUAAUGGAUUCUAUGAGAAGAACGUGAGAUUUUAUAUUACUGCAUUAAUCAUUCAAUCUUCCAAGAAAUUGCAUAGCUCGAUUUUCAUCCUUCUUUUGGCAAACAAUAGAAACGGCAGGUCAUCCUAUUUAAGCAAGGAGGUUUCAAUUCACAAAUGGACAAUUCUUAAGAGAUUGCUUUGGAAAUAUUUUGACUUGAGGUCGUUCCAAAAGUCUUCUAUAUUAACCUUUCAGAAAGAUCUUGUGUAUGGGGUUAGAGAUCACCAUAUUAUUGCAAUGUUUCCAAUAACGAUAAGUAGAGUCAACUUUGUCAAUUUGAUCAAUGAAUUUCAACUUAUUCUUGUUACUCAAAAUGAUAGUUGGUUUGAUCAAGACUAG